AGUUUGCAUCGAUUGUCGGUGAACGCGCGUCAUUUGGAUCUAGCCGCAAAGUUUUUGACUUUGGUCUUGUUUUUGUGGUGGCAAGUCAGACUACCACUGUGAAACCUUUCUCUGAUCUUCUUAACGAAAACGUACCAACUGAGCAUUUACCUAUUAAUAUCUGGACGUUGCGAUUGCAAUGUAUAAUGGAAUAGGCUUACCAACUCCUCGAGGGAGUGGAACAAACGGUUACGUUCAGAAAAAUUUGGCAUUUAUCAGUAAUUUCAAAGAACAGAACCCGUACAAAACAGAUGCCGACAUUAAGAGAGCGGAUGCUUUGCUUUUCAAGGAGCCAAAUAAAGAAAUAUUAGAGCAUGAACGGAAACGAAAAAUUGAAGUUAAGUGUUUUGAGAUGGAACAAGAAAUGGAGGAACAAGGCUAUACUCAGGGCGAAAUUGAAUUUCGGGUUAGUGGAUUUCGGAAGAAGUUGCUGGACGAGCUAAAGGCCUCUGAAACCAAACAUACUCACAAUGUGGAGCCAUUCGAAAUAUCCCAGUCUGAGCAUGGAAAAUUGUUGCCUAAAGGAACCCAUGAAAAUGCUGCCGUAAAUAUCCUUAAAAAUACCAUUUUUAAGGAGGCACUGGGAAUUGGUGAACAAUUUCAAGAUGGAAAUUCCGUUGAACUAACUGUUCAGCGAAAAAAGGAUGACGCAGAAACAAAGCGUCUAGUUGAGGCACAAAAAGAUUUGAAAACCCUGGAUAGUUCAGAUAAUGAUGAUGAUGACGAUGAUGAUGGUGAAGCCAAUAGUAGUAUUAGUAGUCAUUCAAGAGAUAAUGACUUAAAACAACAACAACAACAACAACAUAGAAAAAAGAAAAAAGAGAAAAAGAAAAAGAAAUCAAUGAAGAAAAGAAAACACUCAAUAUCUGAUGAUGGCAGUGACAAUGAUUUGAACGAUUUCAAUUUCACAUCAAAUUCAAUGACACAUCAUACAAAUGAUGAACGAAAUCGUCAUAAACAACAACAACAACAACAACAACAACGUGUUGAACAAUCAUCACAACACGAGCAUAGAUCAAGUAAGCAUAAAUCACAUUCAAAAAAACGUAAACAUUCUCAUUCGAAAGAACGAAAACAUCGUCAUCACCAUUGAUAAAUAACAACUAUUACCAUCGAAUGGAUAAAAACUGUGCUGUACAUAAGGAUAUACAUAUAUAUAUAUAUAUAUACAUAU